AUGGAGGUCACAGCUGUUCGCCUCAGACUGUUGACGCUUGUAAUCGUUCUGCUCGGUGCUCGUCUUCACAACAGCGAUGCAGCUUUUCGUAUCGUCCCAACCAGACUGCAGCUGCUUGAAUUCGAGUCCGUCUCUUUUCACUGCGAGGGUCUCGACGGCUCCACUCAGCUGAGAGGGAUCCGAAAUAUCGUGCAGUUCAUUUCAGCGUGUGAUGAGGGGAAGCCGGUGCUAUCAUGCAGAAUUAAGAGAGCUUAUCAAGCAGACAGCGGGAAAUACUGGUGUGAGACUGAAGGAGGAGAGAGAAGCAGCAGCGUCAACAUCUCUGUCACUGCUGGAUCAGUGAUCCUGGAGAGUCCGGUCCUCCCUGUGAAAGAAGGAAAUAACGUGACUCUGAGCUGCAGAAACAAGAGGACGUCUUCAAACGUCACAGCUGAUUUCUACAAAGACGGCCUCUUUAUCAGGAGCAGCCCUGCAGGAGAGAUGACCAUCCGCAGCGUCUCAAAGUCUGAUGAAGGACUCUACAAGUGCAGCAUCUCUGGAUCUGGAGAAUCCGCAGAGAGCUGGCUGGCUGUCAGAGCACCUCACGGAGACGCUUGUCUCUUCUCAGACCUCUUCAUACACGUCCUCCUCCUCUUAAGGACCGUCUCCACCGUCGUGUUGGUGCCUCUGCUGCUGCUGCUGGUGGGACUGCUGCAUUGUGGGAAACUCAGAGUGAAAAAUAACUGA